AAGAGGGCAGAAGGGCUGUCCCCAGCAGCCACUCCACAGGCGUGAAUGCCCAGCCUGGACUCACCUUCCCAGUGGGGCUUUGGGACAGGCCCUCAGCCUUGCAAUGAGCAAGAGAAGAAAGACUUAACGUGCUCUCCGUGCUGCCCUGGGAGGGGCCCUUUGGGAACGUUGUGCCGUAUGCGCUGCAAUUGCCGCUCUAGGGCUACGCUGGGUGCCCCAAUGCCGGCCACGAUUGCCGGGGGCUGGGGCUGGGGCUGUGCUGAGACUGAGCUGCAGAGCAGCCAGCAUAUUCCUGCAGCACCUGGCUGCUUGGAGCAGUGAGGAUGCUCUGGGCUGGCAGCGCGCAGGGCACUGAGGGGAGUGCUCGGCUGGAGACGCUGUCCCACGAGCUUGCCACUCUCCACUGGCCGAGCUGGUAGAGCUGCAGGUGGGACUGAGCUGCUCUUUCCCUGGCCCAGUGAUGGUUCCUCCAGACAGAUGUAUUUUUAGAGCACUAGCUUGUCCUUUAUCUGGAUCCAGUUUGUUUCCAGAGUGGGGCAAUUCCAGGGGUAAACAUGAGCCUCUGGGAGCUGGCUGCACAGUGCCUUAGCUCACAAGGAGAAUGAACUUCCUGAAGCUCAGUCUGUUCCCUGCUGCAGAUUUAGACACUUCACAAAAGCAAGCCUUGAUUUCGUACAAUGGGGCCUAAUUGUCAAGAAGAGGGAGGGAGAUGGGGGAGGCGGCAGGUCAAGACUUGACAUGCAGCAGCAGAUCCAGACUGCAGGGCAAGGGCUGGAGACGGGGGUGCUGUGGAUGAAGGUUGAGGUGUGUUGGCAGAGCUGGGCACAGGGAAGGCUGGCGGAGACGGGGGUGCUGUGGUUCAGGGCUGAGGUGCAUCGGCAGAUCUGUCUGGGACCCAGGGGCUGGACCAGACGGUGCUUUCUGCAGAUCAGGACUGAAGUGUCUGAGCAGGGCCACGCGGUAGCCAUGUGCGCAGGGCCUUGUUCCGGCUCCAUCACACAGCACACGCCUGGGCCCUCUGCCCUCGUUAAGUAACUGAGUCUGAGAGGGGGGAGUAGAGCAGAGCUGAACCUUGGUGCAUCCAAUGUGCACUCAGACUUUGCCUCCUGCCCAGCCUUGGCAGCACCACGCUGGAAGCCAGGACUUUGACACCAGCGUCUGCUUAGCAAACACCUGCAGACCAUGUUGCUCAAUCCAGCCCUGCCUGAAGUCAGCAGAGCAGUGGAGCAUGGCCAUGCGGAGCCGCCGCCUCCCUCCAUCCCUGCUGGGAGACUGAUCCUGUGCUGGGCAGGAAAACCAAAAAGCCACUUUGCCCAUAAACAAACCCGCCCUGCCCUGGACAUAGCUGGAGGUUUGGGUCAGGCUAGAUUUCCUGUGCACCCAUCACUGCCCUGUGGCGUGCAGGGCACUGUGCCUGCUGCCUGGGGCAAAGCAUCUUGGGCCUCAUCCUGCAGUGUGCUGAGCAUGGCCCCUGCUGGGCAGGUCAGUGAGAGCUGGGGACACUCGGCACAUGCCAGGCCCUGGCUAAGGGAAAGCUGAAGGAAAUGCUAGACCAAGUAGCACCUGCACUGCUGGCCACGGUGCUUAACGCUUCCUAGGGCUUCCUGACCUUGUGCAGCACAGCACCUGCUGGGACUGGGCACAUUUCCCCCUCCUGUGGGAUGCUGCUGGGCAAUUAGUCUUUACUGGGUGCUGACGGCUUCCUCUGCCGUGUGCCCCUCGGCCCAUGAGAGCUGGGGCCUGGGUUGCCAUGGGCCUGAGGUGGGAGGAUUCCAAAAUCAGUUUCUUUUUUUGCUGGGCUCCUGAGCCCUUGUUGUGUCCCUGAUCUGCCCCCUGCCUCCAGCCUUCUCACACACUGGCAUUAAGCAUGCUGUGGGGUUUGAGUGGGGCUGGACCUGCGUCUGCCAAGGCCUGUCCAGUGCCAGCGCCUCCUAUGGAAAUCCUGGGCUUGCUCCCUCUUCCCACAGGAUAUGCUGCAAGUAGCAUUGGCCCUGGCGUUCCCAGAACCAUUACACGCCCCUUCCCCCCAUACACACGCCGCGUGCCUGUCUGCAGCUCUAGGGGCACAGGCGUUCUGCACUCGAGGGCUGGCUGGGCGCACGCUCUGCCCCUAGCCCCCCAUUCCUGACCCGAGCGUGCACCGCUGGCAUCUGCCCUGCUGGGCAGCUGGAGAAUCAGGCCUGGACUGUUGACGUUUCUUUUACCUUCUUGGAACUGGUUCCUCUCUCCUCAGCUGGGACCUUUGAUCCAGAGUGGCUCAUUUUGCCUGGCCGGUCCCUGAAGCCAAACAGCACAGGAUGUCUCUGAAGGCUGUCACCCUUGCUCUGGCACUUCUUGCCAUCACAGGGGCCCAUGCAGAUGUCAGUGCCCAGCAGGUGGCCGAUGUGGUCUGGAAUUACUUCACCCAGCUGACGGGGAACGCCAAGAAGACGAUGGAGCAGAUCCAGCAAUCUGAAAUCAGCAAGCAGCUCAACACCCUCUUCCAGGACAACCUCCAGAAUGUCAACUCCUACGCGGAAGACCUGCAGAAGAAGCUGAUCCCCUUCACCACCGAGCUGCAUGCCAAGCUGAGCCAGGACUCAGAGAAGCUGAAGGAGCAGAUCCGGCAGGAGCUGGAGGACCUGCGCCUCAAGCUGUCCCCUUACGCUGAUGAAGUGCACCAGCAGAUCAGCAAGAACAUCCAGGAGCUGCGGCUCAAGCUAAGCCCUUAUGCCGAGGAGCUGCAUGGCCAGGUCAACCAGAAUGCGGAUUUGCUGCGCCAGCAGCUGGCCCCCUACGCCCAAGAGCUGCGGGACAAGCUGCAGGAGAAUGUGGAUGGCCUCCAGGCAGCCCUGGCCCCCUAUGCCGAGCAGCUCCAGCAGCAGAUUGACAAAAAUGUGGCGGACAUGAAGGAGAAGCUGGCACCCUUGGCUGAUGAGCUCCAAGUCAAGAUAGACCAAAACAUGGAGGAGCUGCGCAAGCAGCUGGCCCCCUACGCCCAGGACGUGCAGGACAAGCUCAAUCACCAGCUCGAGGGCCUGUCCUUCCAGAUGAAGAAGGGUGCAGAGCACCUGCGGGCCAAGCUCUCGGAGAGCGCAGAAGAGCUGCGCCUGAAGCUGAGCCCUUAUGCCAAGGAGCUGAAGGAGAAGCUGCGCACGGAUGCCGAGGGCCUGCGCCAGUCCCUGGGCCCCUACGUGGACGGCCUAAGUGGACAGAUGGAACAGAAGAUUGAGGAGUUCCGCCAAACCGUGGGUCCCUACGGGGAGGCCUUCAACAAGCAGCUGGUGCAGAAGGUGGAGGAGAUGAGGCAGAAGCUGGGCCCCUACGCUGGAGAAGUGGAGGAUCAUCUCAGCUUCCUGGAGAAGGACGUGCGGGACAUGGUCGCCUCCUUCUUCAGCACCAUCAAGCAGAUCGAAAACUGAGGGGAUCCCUAAGAGGGCUCGGCUUCGCUUCCUAUCGCCACCUGCUCACCCUCAGCUCCACUGCCCAAGCCAAGCCACUGUCUACGUCAGAGGCGGGGCAAAGAGCACUUGAACCAGCCCCAGGACAGGCUCAAGGGUGUGCUGGCUCUUCCGCAGCUCAUGCCACAGCGUGGGAAAGGGACCCGGCGCUGUGAAUGCCAGGAGACCUGCACAUGCCAGAUGACUGUCUGUGCGGCUACUGACUUUCCUGCACUUGCCCUCACUCUAAAAUUACACCUACUGUAUCUGCUGAAAUAAAACUGCAACACAGAAAUGCA